AUGGAAUCCAAGACGGAUAGGACGGAGCCCACCGCGCCUCCUUCGGCGGCAUCCGCAGCCGCGAUCUCGGCGGUGCUCGGCGACGACGACCUCCUCCGCGAGAUCCUGCUCCGCCUCGGCUUCCCCACCACCCUCAUCCGCGCCGCCGCCGUCUCCAAGCGCUGGCUCCGGCACGCCUCCGACCCCACCUUCCUCCGCCGCUUCCGGACCCGCCACCCGCCCGCGCUCCUCGGUUUCUACAUCAGGGAACUGGGCGCGCGGGGCCCGCGGUUCGUGCCCGUCUCGCAGGCCCCGGAGCUCGCCACCGCAACCCGCCGCGCGAGCGCCGCCGAGGGCCGAUUCUUCAUCAGCGACUGCCGGAACGGGCGCCUCCUCGUCAUGGAUUUCGAUCCCACGGCCUGCCGGCACGCGGUGCUCAGCCCGCUGCACCCUGCGCGUGGGAAGGUCGUCCUCCCACCGGCGCCGAAGCAGAGUCUGAUAUGGUUCUUCCUCACCGAGAAUGGCGGCGGCUACGACGGUGCCGUCGCGGUCUUGAUGCUGCCUAUUGGUACUACGAAAACAAAGGUUCAAGUCGAUUUGCUCACUUCAGGAUCUGGCGUCUGGGUCGCCCAUCGCACGGUAGUGAUAGAUCUCCCGGAGACAUUACCACCGAUUGCAUACACGCUGCCGCCGGUGCGAGGCAAGAUCUACAGCUUGACUAAGUCCGGGCACAUUCUCGGGUUGGACAUGACAGCUGCGAAGAGUUCACUUAUCCAGCGCCCAGACAAAGUAAGGACUGACAACUUCAUGCUGUCAUUUGGAGAGGAGGGUUCUAAGCUAAUCCUCAUCCACGCUGAAGGGUAUCUGCUCAGCAUCUGGCAGCUUGCGACGACCAGGAGCGACUCAAAUGACUGGGUGCUGGUGUAUGACAAAAUUCGUGUGCAUGAGGCGUGGAAUCGUCUUGAGGAUGUUAUGGUGAUGGCAGCUGAUGACAAUCUCGAGUUUGUGUUCCUGUGGCUGAGAUCAAGUGCGGUUCUCAUGCAUAUGCACCUGAAGAGCAGGAGUGAGAAAGUAUAUGACGAAUUCAAGGUACGUGAUGGGCGCUUCUUAGAUAUCAAUCCCUUUAUGAUGGUCUGGCCUCCAGUCUUCCCAGCAUUGAGGGAAGAAGACAAUGUGGAGGGAUGA